AUGCAAUCUGAGCUUGAAGCCGAAAAGAUACAGAAGAGAGCGCCAAGAUUAGAACAGAUUACAGAAGAAAAUACUGGGCUUAAGAUAGAAUUACGAACUUGCAUCAGAAACAGACAACAUAGCUCAACUCAAUCUGAAUCUUCAACGGAGUCUGAAACAUCAACAGCCUCUUUACCACAAUACAUUGUAGGUAACGAUUCCGCCGAGAUCCUAGAUUUUAUAAAAGCGAUACAUAAGGAGUGGAUUGGUAAUGAGAAUCUCUGGACUCGAAAACUGAAAAAAGUUUUGAGAUUAGAAUCAAAGUAA